AUGUCCAGCCAAGCGCCAUCCGGGAGCCAUGCUGAGUCAGCGGUAUGGAAGAAAAAUAACACUAGAAGGGAAAAAAAAACAAAAAAGGCCCUCGCCAUCCUCCUCGCUGUCUCGUUCUUCUUCGUCUCUCUUGCUGUCUCUUCGCUGCCUCCUCCUCCUCCACCCCCAUCCGUCUCUUCUCCACGUCCGCCGCCCACACACCAGACGAACGAAUAUCCACCUGCUAGUCUCUUAGUCUUGUUGCUUUGCUUUUUCCUUCCCCCCCCGUCUUCCUUUGCUCUCUCAUCCCUCGCCGCAAACACCGGCGCCCUGGAAGAGAAGAGAAGAAGAUAUAGAAGUCAAGCCAGACGCAGGGCUGGGUCUGUCUGCUUCGAAAAAGGCGGCCUUGCUUUUUCCACUGUGGUUUCACCCUCGUUCUUCUCCUUCUCUGCCACUGCUUCUUCUGCCUCUUCUCUUUUUUUGCCCUUCUCAUUUUCUUUUCUUUUCUUCUUUGCUUUCUAA